AUGGAGAAUUCGAACUCGGCGGUGAUCGGUCAUCAGAAACCGAACCUACCGCCGGGUUUUCGGUUCCACCCGACGGAUGAAGAGCUGGUGGUUCACUACCUGAAGAGGAAGGCCACUUCCCUCCCCUUACCGGUGGCCGUCAUCGCCGAAGUUGACCUCUACAAGUACGACCCAUGGGAGCUUCCAGCCAAAUCUAUGUCAGAUGAAGGGGCAGAGCUGCAGGCCAGGAUGACCGAGGAGGCAGGAUGGCACUGUCGAGAUGGGGACGCGCAAACGAUUUCUUCCGCGGUGACUCGGGGUAUUGGCAGUAGAGUUGAGGCAAAUCAAGAUCGACGUAUUCAAGUAAUUAGAUCUUGA